UGCUGCAUACCUGGCGAACGAGGUCCACCUGGUGAUACUGGCCUUCCAGGACUGCCCGGUAGUCCUGGUCCAGAUGGUGCUCCAGGUAGGCCAGGUGCAACACCGAAUGCUUCCUGCAUACCGGAAAGAAUAUUCGAACCGCCGCCAUGUCUGCCGUGUCCUCAAGGCCCUCGUGGCGUUCCCGGUCAUCCUGGUUUUCCAGGAGAUCCAGGAGAUCCUGGCAUACCGGGAAAGCCUGGUAAUUUGUUUGUGUUUUUUUAAACAGCUUUGA